UGCUGCAAGCAGGGAUCAGUCCAGUUGCAACUCUUACCUGAUCCACCUGAGUACUUGAAGGACUUGCUUGAACGUACGGACACUCAAGACCGUCACUUUAAGGAUAACCUUCGCCAGUGCAACGCUGCCUUUGCCUUUACUUCGUUGGGCUGCGAUAUUGUUUCGCCUGAGGAUCGUGCCAACAACAACAAUAACAAUAACAAUAACAAGAGAGGUGGAUUAAACGCCUUUCAAAUCCAUAGCGCACUUUGCCACCGUCAAGGCUCUUUGACUCCAGUUGAAGGCAAUGAGCCUUCCUACGUCCAGCUAUAUAUAUUUGAUCCUUCCUAUGCCGCUGAAAGAAGACAAGCACGAAACAGCAACCUUGAUCCUGAGAUCGUUAGGGAGCUUUCGGUCAUACUUGCCCAAUGUAACCCCUUUGCGCGUAUAUAUCGCCAUGCACACGAGAUAUUGAGCAACCAUGAGAGC